AUGACAACAGCGCGUGUGCAUCAUACUGGAACCCUGCUCAAUUCGGGCAAAGUUUUGGUUACUGGUGGUUACGGAUCAUCAGGUUAUCUUGCUAGUUAUGUUGCUAGUUAUGAAAUAUAUGAUCCAUCAACGGGCCAAUGGAACACUACUGCUAGCAUGGCAAUAACACGCGCAUAUCAUACUGCAACCCUGCUCAAUUCCGGGAAAGUAUUGAUUACUGGUGGUUACGAAUCAUCAGGUUAUCUUGCUAGUUGUGAAAUAUAUUAUCCAUCAACGGGCCAAUGGAACACUACUGCUAGCAUGGCAACAGCACGCGCAGAUCAUACUGCAAUCGUGCUCAAUUCCGGGAAAGUAUUGAUUACUGGUGGUUACGAAUCAUCAGGUUAUCUUGCUAGUUGUGAAAUAUAUUAUCCAUCAACGGGCCAAUGGAACACUACUGCAAGCAUGGCAACAACAACCGCAGAUCAUACUGCAACCCUGCUCAAUUCGGGAAAAGUUUUGGUUACUGGUGGUUACGGAUCAUCAGGUUAUCUUGCUAGUUGUGAAAUAUAUGAUCCAUCAACGGGCCGAUGGAGCACUACUGCCAACAUGGCAACAGCACGCGCAUAUCAUACUGUAACCCUGCUCAAUUCGGGAAAAGUUUUGGUUACUGGUGGUUCAGGAUCAUCAGGUUAUCUUGCUAGUUGUGAAAUAUAUGAUCCAUCAACGGGCUAA